CAAUACAAAUCAGGAAGCAAUAAAGCCUUUCAAGUUGCAGUGCAUGAAAUUCUUUGGUCUAACAAAAUGAGAAGAGGUCUUGCUUGUAUCGCCUUGUUGGGUUUGCUGGCUUUCGUUUCGACACAUGGGCCUCUGGCAGGGCUUUCCGUGGUACGUGUGGUUCCAGAGACCAAGCUAAAGCUAACCCUUCUACAGAGAUUGUUAGCACAACGCCAGAGUCUCGACAUAUGGAAAGAACCAGCGUGCGUUUCAUGCGCGGUCGACAUUCGUCUUACACCGCUGGAGUCCGAUGAUGUCACUUCGGCUUUGAAAGAGCACGGUUUUAAGCCUACAAUCCUUAUCGAUGACGUCCAGCUGUUGCUCGAUUAUCAGCGAAAUCAACUUUUCAAGCGACGGUCAGCGGAAUUCGACUAUGGCCAAUAUCACACUCUAGACGAGAUCAACGACUGGAUUCUGAACAAGACGAACGUGUACAAGUCUUUAACGUUGCUCUUCAACAUCACCAAGUCCUACGAAGGCAGGAUGAUGACUGGACUCAAGAUCAGCACCCCGUCUCAGUUCACCAAGCCCGCGUUCUUCAUCAUGGGAGGGAUUCACGCCCGUGAAUGGAUCUCUCCGGCCACAGCCAUAUACAUGUUCGGCCAGAUGUUGGACCGGUACAAGAUCGAUUCGGACAUCACCAAGAUGGUGGACAUGUUCGACUGGUAUCUACUUCCGAUAACUAACCCUGAUGGGUACGCUUUCACGUGGACAGGCGACCAGAACCGGCUUUGGAGGAAGACCCGCUCUAAGCACGGCCUGUGCUACGGCGUCGACCCCAACAGGAACUGGGACAUACAGUGGUGUGAAACCGAGGGGGCGAGCAAGGACCCAUGCUCGGAGACUUACUGCGGCCCAUCGGCAUUCUCAGAAGUGGAAGUAAAAGGGGUCGCUGCAUUCCUGCAAGGGAUCAAGGGCUUGAAGGGGUUCAUCGACGUCCACAGCUACUCGCAGCUCUGGAUGUCGCCCUGGGGGUACACGCGAAAUCUGUCCAAGGAUUUUCAACAGCAGGACGCAGCCUCUGCGGCCGCCACGGACGCUCUACAUAAAGUGUAUGGCACCAAAUACGCGCAUGGAAGUAUCGCAAACACCAUAUAUAUCGCGAGUGGGACCAGUACUGACUGGGCCUACGGCAAGAUUGACGUCAAGUACGCGUUUGGAGUGGAGCUUCGGGAUACGGAAAAGUACGGGUGUUUGCUACCGGAAGACCAGAUCAUACCAUCGGGCAUUGAGACCCUGCAGGGGUUAAUGGCUCUGGCUAGUUACGUGAAGGAUAACUGAGAACCGUGGCGGGAGUUGAAAAGGCUGAAGACGAAUCGGGCUUUAUGAUGCUCAAAACGUUCGCAAUUAUUUUUAAAAAAGAAAACAUCGAGACAACCACUACCGGUGUUGCGAGGGUUAGUUUUAGUUUUAAUUGUGUGUGUUAAUGCCAAAACGAAACCGCUUGAAAUGCAUAAUGUUUGAGAAUGUUCUAAUAUCGGGCCUUUGCAUUAUGGCCUCUUUUAACAAGUGACCUGUUUAAGUGCAUUCCAUUUUGACGUGCUUUGACAUUAAAAACUGUUAAGGCUACGUUUAAAAACAAUCGGCUCUGCAUUGUUGCAUUGUUAUAUACCUGUUAUAGUUUAAUUGAAUCCAUUUUCCAUUGUCUGUAAUGGCAUUUAAGCAAUCGCAAUGGUGAACGCUGUAAUAGGAAAUUAUUAUGUGGAUACUGAAGUUCGUUUCCCAUACCUUUGUCUGAUUUUUAGUUGUUCGCUUGUUCUAAAUUAAUUAAACGUUACAAAUGAGUUCACCAAUUACUACAGGUAUACUAAUGACAACAACAAAAAUGCUAUAUAAUCGCUAGACAUUGAAAUUAAGUUUACAAUUUACGUUUCUCACCAAUGUAUUUAUAUUCAGUUCUCAUUACCAUUUUCAUCAUACUUACUAUGCUCUCUGAACGUCAAAAAAGUACCAUGUCGUUGUUA